AGAACUUUGACGAGGGAACAAAAAACGCAAGAUCAACCCUGCAGCAUUAAUUGAUAAAGAAUAGUGAUUUUAUUUAUCUAUAGUUCUAGAAUUCAGUGGUAUGAUGCAAAGUACUACAUCAAAUUUAAGUCAAAUAAAUAAAUCUAAAGAUAAGGAUAUCUUAGAAGCUCUGAACAGUGCAGAAAUUAAAAGACUGAUACCAACGGUUGUUUUCCUGUUGAUCAUAUUUGUUGGGGGUCUUAUUGGUAAUAGUGUGAUAAUACAUGUAUACCGAACCUGGUAUAAAACAAACACCUCAACAAAAAACUUUAUUGUGUGUCUCGGUCUAAUAGACUUGUUGACUUGUUGCUUUGGUAUUCCAUCGGAAAUUAUCACUUUAUUGGAUCAGCACACGUUUGAAAAUAUAUGGCUUUGUAAAUUGUGUAGAGCAAUCAACACCUUAGGAACGAAUUCCUCAGGAUUCUUAUUAAUCAUCAUUGCUGUUGACAGGUUUAGGAAAGUAUGUAAACCUUUUGGCUGGCAGAUAAAAACAUUUGGCGCAAAAUGUUUGUGUGGAUUGGUAGUGUUUCUUGGUGUUCUGCUGUCGUGUCCAGCGCUUUUGAUAUAUGGUAAACAUUCAUAUUAUAUCCCAGAACUCAAUAUAACUGCAACUGAAUGUUCUUCCGCAGAUGAAAUUGUUUCCUUAAACUUACCAUUUUAUAAUGCUCUUUUGUAUGGGAUAUUGGCAGUUACAGGCAUAACAACUUUAUGGGUUUUGUACUGUUUAAUAGGACUCAAAAUUAAACAGCAAACCAUCAAAAUGAAUGCAAAGCAAGGUUUCAAAAAGGAGAGGGUUAAGGAAGUACCAACGAUUUCCUAUUCACGUACAAAUGUCAGUAAUGUAACGGCAAUACUUAACACAUGCACCUCUGUGGGUGAAUAUUGUUACCUGGAAAACAAUAAGGAAAUUAUAAAAAAGGAAAUAGAUGGAUAUAAUAUUUCAAGAACUGAAAAGCGUAUUGCAACUUCAACAUUUACAAAAGCAUUUAAUAUCUCUAGAUCCGAUAAAACAAAAACAUCACAGUUCACGAGGAAGCAAGCACAAGUUAGACAAACAUCUUUCCUUACAUUUGUUGUUACAUUAGCGUUCGUAUUGAGCUCAAUCCCACAUCAAGUAUUGAUGCUUGUACGACAAAUAAACGAGCAAUUUGUUGAUGAAAUGUCCGAUACAAGCAAAGCUGUGUACAAAUUCUUUCUACGGUCGUACUUUUUGAAUAGUGCCAUUAACCCCAUUAUCUACAGCAUAUUUGAUUCUAAUUUUAGAUCUGCGUGUAGAAAAAGUUUUUGCCGCUGCAUUAAAGAGCGCACAGUUCAAAAUCGUUGUUAGAAAUAUCAGUUGAAAAGUAUAAAUACGCUGACAACUUUAUUGAUAUUUCGAUUAGGAUAUAAAAUAUCAUCAAAUAUCUCCACAAAGGAAAAUUUUAAUAUAAAUUAUUACAUUUGAUAUGAACAUGACUUAUAAACACAUUAUAAUUCGACUAAGAACAUCAAAUUCUGCCGACGAUAAAAUACAAGUAUAACAAUAAACGUGUUCUAAUGAUAUUUAUUGUU